UAUACCACCAUCCCGAUUCCCAUUCUCGAUCUUGGAACCAUUUGCAUAUCCGACUUGAUCACUUCAUUCUCAUCACACAGUACCAGCAUACAGCACGCAACACUGCCAUCACUCAAGACACUCGACGACUCGCCGACCAAGACUGCGAAUUCCUACAACGCGACUUGGCAUCUGUAGGUUUCACAUGUGCUGAGACACCACCACCGACCGUUUCACACGCACCUCUCCACAAUGGCGACUUUCGCCGAUUACCCGACACAAACCAUGUUCAACAACGGCGACGACGACUUCACCCUCUAUCCUACACAAGAAUGGAGCUCAAAUCUACCCUUUCCUCAAACAACCUUUGCCGACCAACAAUCAUAUCUCAACACGGUCUCAUUUGACGCACUAGAGACCCAACAGAGCUUGACGCAAUUCUCCGAAAUUGAUCUCGCCGGAUUCAACCCAAUGCUCGCAGCGAAGCAGAUGCUUGCGUUACAGAGCCCGGAGUUCUCCCCUAUACUCUCUACCUCGCAUGACCACCGAAACCCAUCACUUCUUUCAGACUCAGGAGCAUCAAUACCGAGCACUAUCUCUUCAGCAGUGGGCUCACCAUCGCUCCAACCACAAGCCCUGGAUUGGCAACAGAUGCAUCUGUAUCCUAAUAUCGCUUCUCAAGUCGAUGCCGGCUUCCCGAGCACAGGGCUUGAGUAUGAUACUUACUCUGUUGCCGACAAGAGCUGUGUCGACCCUUCUCUCAUUCAGCCUUUCUCGCCGCAGUCCCAGUACGCUGGCGUGCAGUUUGGCUUCGCCCAAGCACCAUCACCAUCACCCUCUAGUGUCUCGAUGCAUAGCCGGGGCGCACCAAUAGUCCGCGCGCCUCGUUCGAAUUCCCCACACAUGCACAUACAAUCACGGACUGCUAAGCAAAGUCGGCUGCAACGCCAACCAUCUGUCGCCUCGGAUCACUCCCGACAGAGCUCUCAGUCGCUGGCAUCGGAGGAUUCCAACAAAGGCACUUGUCCCAUCCCCACUUGCGGUCGUUAUGUCAAGGACCUUCGGGCUCACAAGCUCACACACCAAAAUGAGCGUCCGAUGAAGUGUCCCAUACUGACCUGCGAGUAUAACGUCAAAGGGUUUGCUCGCAAGUACGAUAAGAACCGCCAUACCCUCACGCACUACAAGGGCACCAUGGUCUGCGGUUUCUGCCCUGGCAGUGGUAGUGCCGCCGAGAAGAGCUUCAAUCGCGCCGACGUCUUCAAGCGUCAUCUGACACAAGUCCACGGUGUCGAGCAAACUCCACCGAACGCACGGAAGAGAAGCCCGACCGCAGCUGGGAAAGGCGCAGCUGGUCGCGCUCGCGGGGCCUCUGGCAUGUGCUCAACCUGUAACGACACCUUUGCCAACCCGCAAGAGUUCUACGAGCAUCUCGAUGACUGUGUGCUUCGCGUGGUUCAGCAAAUCGAUCCUGGCGAGGCGGUCAACGAGAAGCUGUUGUCCUCGGUGGCUGAUGAUGCCGAUGUCAAGCAGUCACUAGAGAAGCUCAUGCUUCCCACCGGGUCCGAUGAAAAUGCUACCGGCACUUUGGAGGAGCAGGAGGACGAUGAAGAUAACGAUGAUACCAGCGAUAGCACCUACGGAGGUCAAGCCAACAAAGGCUCCCGAAUCGGUGGCGCUCGCAAAGGACUCACCCACUCCAAGGGCGGCAUCCCCCUCGCCGACUGCGGCACAGGGGACAAGCGCAAGAAGAAUUACCCCGUAUUCUGGGGCACCAGCCGCGACAAGAUGAAGAUGAAGAAGCGUGUCCUUUGCGUCUUCGAUGGCCCGCGCCGUCUGUGCAAGGACGAGAUGAUGCUUGACGGCGACCACGAGGUCCGCGUCCACCUACCCAACCUCGGUGACAGCCGCGCUUGGGUCAGCGACCUCGACAUCCACACCCUAUAUCGCGCGGAAGGCUUCUUGAAUGCCACCCCGGAAGAGAAGGGGCCGUGGAUGCCAGAGCAAAACGAACUUGAAAUGCUUAUGAUGUAG